AUGAGUGAAAGGGAGCGAGACGGCGGCGUGCAAAUCCCCGAGCCCGGGGGGCCGCCAGCCACCAGCAGCGCCAGGAACACGAGACCCCCGGGCAGCCCGGAGUGGACGGAUACUCGUGAUGCCCACGGCCAGGGAGGUGAAAAGCAAUUUGGGCACGGCCGAGCCCCGUCGGGGCGGCCGCCGCCCCCCCCCGGCGCCGCGGUGGUUCGGCCCGCGCGGCCGCGAUUGGCCGAACGCUUAAAGGGGCCGGCAGCGCGCGCUUUUCCGCCCCGCGGCGCGGCGGCGGCAUCGGCGCGUGCCCCCUCGCCCGCGCGGCGCUGCCCGGCACGCGGGGCGGGGGGGGCCAUGGACGGCGGCCGCCGCGGGACACAAAGGACGGCGCGGCGGCGGCGGGCGACGCGGCGCGGGGCCAUGGCGGCGGCGGCGGCGGUGGCGGGGCCGGGCAUCGGCGGCGGCGGCGGUGGCCCGCGGUACAGCCUGCUGGCCGAGAUCGGCCGCGGCGCCUACGGCGUGGUGUACGAGGCGGUGUCGGGCCGCAGCGGCGCCCGACUGGCGGUGAAGCGGAUCCGUUGCGACGCUCCCGAGAACGUGGAGCUGGCGCUGGCCGAGUUCUGGGCCCUGACGAGCCUCCGGCGGCAGCACCCCAACGUGGUGCGGUUCGAGGAGUGCGUCCUGCAGCGGCACGGCCUGGGGCAGCGCAUGAGCCACGGCAACAAGCGCAGCCAGCUCUACCUGCGCCUCGUCGAGACCUCCCUCAAAGGUGAGAGGAUCCUGGGCUAUGCAGAGGAGCCUUGCUACCUGUGGUUCGUCAUGGAGUUCUGCGAAGGCGGAGACCUCAACCAGUACGUGCUGUCCCGAAGGCCUGACCCAGCCACCAACAAGAGCUUCAUGCUGCAGCUGACCAGCGCCAUUGCCUUCCUGCACAAGAACCACAUCGUCCACCGGGACCUGAAGCCAGACAACAUCCUGAUAACUGAGAAAUCUGGCACCCCUGUGCUCAAGGUGGCUGACUUUGGGCUGAGCAAGGUCUGUGCCGGACUGACUGCUCGGGGCAAGGAGGGUGGGCAUGAGAACAAAAACGUGAAUGUGAACAAGUACUGGCUGUCCUCGGCCUGUGGCUCUGAUUUCUACAUGGCACCCGAGGUGUGGGAGGGACACUACACUGCCAAGGCUGACAUCUUUGCCCUCGGCAUCAUCAUCUGGGCCAUGAUUGAGAGGAUUACUUUCAUUGACGCCGAGACCAAGAAGGAGCUGCUGGGGACUUACAUCAAGCAGGGGACCGAGAUUGUGCCCGUUGGGGAAGCGCUGCUAGAAAACCCAAAGAUGGAGCUGCACAUCCCUCAGAAACGCAGGACUUCCAUGUCUGAGGGGAUCAAGCAGCUCUUGAAAGACAUGUUGGCUGCUAACCCGCAGGAUCGACCUGAUGCCUUUGAGCUUGAAACCAGAAUGGACCAGGUUACAUGUGCUGCUUAAAUUCAGGGCAGGGCACCGCUGUGCUUUGCGGCUGGAUUUAUUUACCAGGGACCCAUAAUCUCCAUUAUUUACGCGCAACAAGGAAUUCAAAGAUAAGGGAAGAUGCUGAUAAAGAAGAUCCCUGGUCUCCAGGAUCUCUGGCAAUGUGAAAUAUUUGGGUGUUACUUUCUUGUGUUGGGAAGGGGUAUUGUGGGGGUGUGGGAGGGGGCUGCAGGGGCCUGUGGAAGAACACAAACUGGCAGUUGUCACAUUCAUGAGACUUGGAAACAAGAUCCAGAGAGCAGAGCUGCCCUUGCCCAGCCCUCCCCGUGUCUCCUGUGCUGCUGUGUGACUCAGUAGAUGUUUCUAGGAAUGUGGUUCCAUAAGGAAGUGGGAAUUAGCAGCCUGAUGGUGAGGUGUGCUGCCAGACACCAGCUCUGAGUCCAGCUGUGCACAAUUCCUGAGUUCAAAGCUAUUGAUUUUGCCUAGGGAAGACAGGAGCAAAGUGGUGGCUAGGUUUGCAUUGGGAGUGCAGUGCUUUAGGAAAAAUGAGUCUCUUGGACCACAUGUUGCAAGCAGCUAAAUAACUUCAUAGGCAGGCAACUCCUGAAUAGGCGGUGCUGCCCAGGCUUGUGAGCAGCUGACAUUAGGAUAGAGUAGGAUAAACAAGCUGGAAAGCCAUUUGGCAAAGCAGAUCUUCCCAAGCUGGAUUUCAUGAUCAUCUUUGUUACUGUCUUGCUUUACAGAGGGAACUGGGGAGCAGCUGAGUACAUUUUCAGGUUGACAUCAUCUGAUUACAAGAGAAACAGAAAGCAGUCCACUGCUCUGAUCCUUUUAAUGCCAAACUUCAGUCGAUAGGAGCAAUGCUGUGGAGAGAAGGAGGUUUGGCAUUAAUGGGUCAUGGGCUGGAUUCUAGCCUCCCACAGGACACUUUUCCCUGCUAGCUAAUGGUCUCCAGGAAGCAAAAGGCAAUGUUGCUGUUCAGGGUGUGUUACAGUACAGCUCAGGUCAGGAGAUUGGAACCUCAGGCUGAGCAGUUAAUACUCGAUUUCCUUGCCUGUAUUUAAAGCAAAAGUCCUAUUCUGGAGCUGCCCUGUGUUGAUGAUCUUUAGACUUUGCUCACUGUAAAUGCAAUGUAAAGCACCACCUCUUCACCCUGCAACUUCUGAACCACCUAAAAUGUUUCUCGGCAGGUGAAUUCACCAGCAGGGGUCUGAAAAGUGGGCUGGUCUGACUCCUGAGCUGGCCAUGGCCAUGGGCAGGAGAAGGUCUCCCUGGCCCCCUCAUCCUUGGCUGUGGGAGCUGCUCCUUGCCUGCAGCUUUCCUCUGCCACCACUGGAAGGUUCCUAACUGGCAGCACCUCCAUGUAUCUCCUCAGUGUACUAUGCUGACCUCACAGGAAUGAAUGGAAAUGGAGGAAAGUCAGGUGGGCUCAGACAGAGCAGGGAAAGGAUGGAGGGGUGUCCUUCUUAGGAGGACCAGGAGGCUCCGGACUGGCUGUCUGUGACUUGUGAACGUUUGGACAGCACAACUGCACUGCCAAGCCCUUGUUCUCACACUGUGCUUGUGUUUGUCCCUAGGGAUGCUUCUAUGGGCUGCAGCUGGGUGGGAUUCUUGCAGUUUCCCCACAGGAAGGGGAGAGUGAACCAUUUAGCUCACAAGUGCAGUGUUAGUGCCCUGAUCACUGGACCAUCCUUCCUCCACCUGGCACAGCCUUUGCUCCUGACUGUUACAGCUGUAACCGAACCCUGGCCUGAAGGGGUGCAGUAAGAGGGGCAGGAGGUGAAGCUGGAAGGCAGUGAGUGGAUUGCCCCGUUCUUCUCAGGACAGGAGUGAGUCCAGCAGUCCCUGGGAGGCUCAACCCUCUUAGUCCACUGCUGUUUCAGGCCAUCUUCAAACCACACGUCUUCACCUCAGCUUUUGCAUUGCAGAUGUGUUUUUCAAGCAGCUUGAUGUUAGUGAGCUAGACCGUAGUGCCUUACUUAGGAUUUAGCAAACACUUCCAAGGAGGAGUCCUAGGGCUGCUAGCCUUUGGCCAACGUGGAUGUUUCCCUGAUUAGUUUGUCCUUUUUAAGAGCAUUUCUCUCUGAUUUUGCUGCUGUUUGUGCUCAAGUCCCCAGACUAUAUAGGAACCUUGUGUUUACAGCUCCCCACAUCUCUCCUUCAGUUACUUUGGCCCAGACCAACACUCCCUCUAGAACCAGAUGGGAACAGGGAACAGCUCAAACCUGCAUAUGCUGUAGGAUGGAGAAUGUUUUUUAGGCUUCUCUUCCCAGGUGGAUCUAUUGGGCCUCACCUGCCCAGCUCCUGCAGGCCAAACUGCUGUGGAUGUUUGGCACUAGGCUGCACCGCUGGGAAAACCCAAGUUUAAGAAAGCAGCACGGAGCCUGUGGCCCAUUUCCCAGCCCAGGGCCAUGCUGUCUGUCUCUUCCUGGCUGCAGUGAAGCUGAGCAUUGAGGUGCUGGGGGUAGCUGGUUAGUGUGGGGGGAGCCAAGCCCCCCUUGCAGAACUCUCCGGGCUCGUGUGGCCCCAGGCGGUUCCCAUGCCAGGGGAGUGAUUGUAUGAAACUGUUUACUUCUGAUUUUGCUGUUUACAAGAGGGAUAUGUGGGGUGGGUGGGGGGAAACAAGCCAAGCCUCAGGAGGAUUGGGAAACGUUAUCUGCACCAGCCUGCAGCAAGGCCAAAACCACCGGCAUCAUGCAGGUGUCACGGGGAUCUCCCAGCCAGCUUUGGUCCAUGGGGAGGAAAGCAGAGGUGGCUCUAGCCUAGAGGGGUUAGAUUAGCUCCCCUAUAUCCCCUUGCUGCUGUGUUUGAGGUUCAGCAGUGCUAGUGACAGAUAAGAGUUACCCCUGUGGUCUUCCUUUACUCCUCAGGACCCAGCUCCUUUACAUAUCACAGGCUCCCCGAGCCUUUCUGGAGCAAUAAGAUGUAAAACAAGCAUUACCAUCGUCGUGGAAAUCCUCCGUUGUGUGCGGUGUCUGUCUCCUCCGUAUGCAGUACGAGUCUGGGUUUAAGCCUGCCAAGCAUCACAGGGCAGCUGCUGCAGGGCACGAACUGGGAUUUGUUUCCCUGGGCUUUCUGCAGGUCAGGAGAACAGGGAAACGUGCUGCUGCUUUCCUUCCUUAGCCCAGGCCUGUGCUGCCCAGGUCUCACACUACAGCUGCUUGGAGCAAGGGCGCUCCUGGUCCCCUUUUCAGCACUGCUGGCAAGGGAUGGGUGAGUGGAGCUCAGUGCCGUGCCCCCACUCCUCACAGCCCCCAUCCCAUCAGCCAGGGCAGCAUUGGGAAAGCAGAGCCCCCAUUUCCUUUGCACCAGGAUGCAGCCAAUGCUUGUGCCACUGGCGUGGGAAGAGUUGGGCCAGUGGCUCCUGUGCGCCUCAGCUGGUUACAGGCACAUCCAGCGUGUGGGCCCUUUGUGUCCAGAAGCAUUUCACACUUCAGGGCAGGCUGUCUGAGGUGGUGGGUGUAGCUGGAAGGGAAGGGUAGGGAGCUGCUCUCUUCCAGCUGUGAUCUGCCAGAUCGUUUCUCUGCAGCCUGCCCAAAUGCUUUUAGCCCUGAGGGUGUGUCUGGGCUGCUGGAAGAGCUCACAGGGGCCACAAUGGAGUGCCUGGUGUCCCCAGCCUGGUUCCUGUUCCCUCCACAGCAGCUGCCCAGGCCGGCAUGGGCCUUCAGCUCCAGCCAGCAGAAAACAGCAGCUUUGCAGGGUGAGCUGCUUCACUACCACACCCCUGGGGUUCUGGACGAGUCCCAGGACAGGAGCACUCUGCCCCAGCCCUGCUGAGGGCUCUCUCCACAGCUCCUGUGCUGAGCUAGCAAGAACAGAAGGCUUAAACCCAGACUCCAAACUAAAGAUAAUAUUAGUAAAUGAAUCUGUAUUUUUUUUUCCUUUUUUUUUUUUUUUUUUUUUUUUUUUUGCACAGAAGCUGGUAAUCUAGGACCUAUGUGUGAACAACUUUAUAUAAAUAUUUUUUGUACUUGGUUUACUUGGGUUGGUAUGAAACAUUCUAUUUAAGUUCUUUGAACACUGUGGAUCCCCUGAUGUGUAUGAAUGGCAGAGGCUUUGUAAAUUAAGGGACGUUUGUGUGAAUAAAGUUAUUUGAUGGGGUUGAAAAGCCACACACAACUUGAAA